AUGGUUUCGCGUUUUCCACGUGGAAUUCAUAUGGGAUUGUGCGCGUUUGCUGACGCCAGCACGCCGGCGGUAGGGGCGUGGUGCAAACGCCCCGAGGCGCCACGCUGGGCAGACGCUCUGCCCCCUCACUCGCUGCCGCAGCCUCACUUUCUCGCUGGUUCCCCACUCCCCCUACUGCGCAUGCCAUACCUCGCGUCCACUCCCCGCCGUCGCCUCUCCUCUCCCAUCCUCGCCUCUCGCCUCUCCUCUUUCCCCACGCCGUCGCCUCCUCUUUCCGCACGCCGCCGCCUCUCCUCUUUCCGCACGCCGCCGCCUCUCCUCUUUCCGCACGCCGUCGCCUCUCCUCUUUCCGCACGCCGCCGCCUCUCCUCUUUCUGCACGCCGCCGCCUCUCCUCUUUCCGCACGCCGUCGCCUCUCCUCUUUCCGCACGCCGCCGCCUCUCCUCUUUCCCCACGCCGUCUCCUCUCCUCUUUCCCCACGCCGUCGCCUCUCCUCUUUCCGCACGCCGCCGCCGCUCAUCUUUCCCCACGCCGUCGCCUCUCCUCUUUCCCCACGCCGUCGCCUCUCCUCUUUCCCCACGCCGCCGCCUCCUCUUUCCCCACGCCGUCGCCUCUCCUCUUUCCCCACGCCGUCGCCUCUCCUCUUUCCGCACGCCGCCGCCUCUCCUCUUUCCGCACGCCGCCGCCUCUCCUCUUUUCCCCACGCCGUCACCUCUCCUCUUUUCCCCACGCCAUCGCUUCUCCUCUCUUCCCCUCCGUCGCCUCUCGUCUCUUCCCCGUGGUCGCCUCUUCUUCCUCUCUUUGCCUCUCCUCUCUCCCCGCCGCCGCCUCUCCCCUCUUGAGCAAAUGCCUUCGUUCCCCCGCUUUGUUCAUCCCCCCCAUGCCGUUGCCUGGUCCCGUCCCCUUCCCAGAGAACGGGGAAUAACCUCCCCCAACCCUUCCCUUCCUUCCACCCCCCCUUCCCCCCCCCCCUCCUCCCCACCCAUUUCAUUUUUUCACUCUGAUUCGUUGUGCGUUUCCCCCCUUGUCCCCCGUCCAACUUACCCGUGCGACACUGCAGAUCCCCAUACGAGCAAGCCUCGACUCCAUCCAUCAUUGUCUUCACCUGCUCGCUCUCUCAGGCCAUAUCAACCUCCAGUUUCCUCCACAGCACUCUUCGUCUCUCCAUCGUCCAGGCAUCAUCACCCCUCCCAUCACUGUAUCCCUCCUUGCGGUGCCAUGGAGGGAGGCGCAGCAGCGCCGGCGAGCAGCACGGCCUUUUCCCUGCCACACUUCUACGACUACCCUCCCUACUUCACGCUGCAGCCGAUCAAGGCGACACGCGAGCGGCAGGUGCGGCUGUGGGCGGAUCUGAUCGUGGCGUGGUGCCGCCACCACCGCACGCUGCUCGUGCCCCUCGACCACUUCCCCCUCUUCCACCACCCCGCCAUCCAGCGCAAACUGACGUUCGAGGCGCGGCAGGUCUUUCUCGAGGCUCUUGUUGCAGAAGGGCGGGCGGAGUGGACGGAUCGCAGUCGAACGAGGUGCCUCAUUCUGUGGAAGUCCAUCAACGACUGGGCCGACACGCUGCUGCAAUUCGUGCGCGAGAACGGAUUUGGAGACUCUGUUUUGACCCUUGAGGAGAUACGAGCAGGGGAUGAUACGAAAGGGACAGACCUGGAGGGCAUUGACGAGGACGUGUUGCGGAGAGCCAUCAGAGUGCUCGAGGGGAGGGGCCUCGCCACGCUCUUCAAGGGCUCCUCCUCCGACGAUGAAGGGGUCAAGUUCUUCGCCUAG